UCUAUGAUUAUCCACACAAAAACCAAUGGAAGGGGCCAAUAUUCGUAUAAAGAGGAUCUAAAUGCCGGUUGUUGCAUCAUUCCAGGUUUGUCUGCCCUGGCAGUGAGAGAGAGUGUGCUACGAAGAAGAAGAAGAAGAUUCAAUAACGGGAUUUUAUUUUAUAAAAAUAUUACACAAAAUGGAUAAAUUAAAUUAUAGCAGAUGCCCGCUUAAAAAGCGUCCCAUUAUGACGCAAAGCGUCUAUACACCUUUGGAUAAUGAUGAAGGUCCAGUGGAUUUAAGUGUAGCAACAAAUAAAUGGAUUAAAAUGGAACAACCCAGUGAACCGGCUCAUCAUGAGGAAUUAGCUCAACGAAUAUUUGACGAAACUCGAGAGAUAGCUCGUGCUUUUCCAGAUGUCUUCACGAGAGAAGAGAUCGCACGAAGCUUGAUGCGACUUGGUUAUGGAGAUAUGCCAAUUGAAGACGAACAAAGACCAGAGUCUAUAGGAUCUCCAGAAUCCUACAUAGACACUAAACCCUACUACGACAGUUAUAAUAAUAAUUUUUCAAAGACCCUUGUAACGGAUUACAGCUACAGUACGCCAACUGAUCUUAGCCGAGGAUCGCCACAAUCUCUGGAGAAUGGGUCGAUGUAUGAAGAUGUCUCUGAACCUGAAGAUCUUUCCGUCAAACAGUCGAUUCAACGAAGGAUUCUUGGAGAAAGCAAUCUUCGUCAAGACAACAAAGCUCCCAAUGACUGCUAUUAUCAGUGCCAUACUUGCAACAAAUGUUACUCCACUUAUCCCGGAUUGGUGAAGCAUCAAAAACAACAUCAUCACUGUGACUCUGAUUACAAAGUGAUUCAUGUGGAAGUGCCGAUUGAAGAGAAGGUUAUGAAGCCUGUUCAAGUUCCUCGAUAUCAUUGCAAGGAUUGUGGCAAGUCUUACUCAACUUUUGCUGGACUUUCGAAACAUCAACAGUUCCAUUGUCCCAGUGCGGAGGGUAAUCAAGUGAAGAAGGUCUUCAGUUGUAAGAAUUGUGACAAAGUUUAUGUCUCAUUGGGAGCUUUGAAGAUGCACAUUCGGACGCAUACUUUACCCUGCAAAUGUCCGAUAUGUGGUAAGGCCUUUUCUCGGCCAUGGUUGUUGCAAGGACAUAUUCGGACGCAUACUGGAGAGAAACCGUUUACCUGUCAACAUUGUAAUCGAGCGUUUGCUGAUCGAUCGAAUUUGAGAGCCCAUAUGCAAACACAUUCGGAUGUGAAGAAGUAUUCUUGUCCAACUUGUACGAAGACUUUUUCAAGGAUGUCCUUGUUAGGGAAGCAUCUUCAAACGGGAUGUCGUACAACAUCACCUCAAAAUGGAGGUUUUUACAGUAAUAAUAGCGAUUUUAGUGGAGAAGAAUCGAAUGGCGUUGGAUCAUAUGCCACUUUACCUACACAGGAGCAGCUGCAGCAGAUUGUCGCAGAGCGAUAUUACACACCUAUUAAAGAAGAGGAUCAUCAUUAG